AGACAGGUGCCCAAGCAUUACCCCUCCACCAGAAAAAAAGUGCCCCUCCAUUGAAGGCAUCCCAAAAGUAUCAUCAUAGGAGAUUCGUACAAUAAAUAAUCUAGGUAUCUCAUCGGAUAAGCCAUUCACAUCACCACUAGUGGCUUGUUAGCCUCAUCUUCAUAUACUACUUGUUGACACAUAAGAUGACACUCGAUUUGACCACAUUAGAUGCCCAUGAGCAACCUUCAGAUGAGCUGAGGGCGCGUUGGAAGGCAAUUAAACUGACAGACCACGCCGAAUUCGCCAACCACCCAGAUAUAGAUGAGCUAGAUGUAUCCAAUCCAGGGGAAUUUCAACUUUAUGGAAAUAUUCCUGGGGAAAAACUGAAAGAGUCUUUCCGCAUCCUCCAAGGCGACGAUGAAAAUGCACCAGGGACACCAAAUGAUGUCCCAAUAUACUUUCAUCCACUGCUGCCUGGAUUAUUAAUUCUACCUGCAUUGAUACCCCCUGAUGUACAGAAGUCACUCUUGUCUAAAGUGAUACACCGAGAUUUAUCCAACCCAGCUCACCAAACCAACAUGCACCUUCACUUUAAUCUUCCUUAUAGAGAGGGAGAUGACGUUGGCUCACGCUCUUUCUUCUCAUAUGGCCCUGAUACGCCUGCUAAUAUUACACCCAAAAACCCAGAGGCGCACAAACCCCUGACUAUCGAGCAAGUACUUCAACGGCGUCUCUCCUGGGUCACCCUGGGCGGGCAGUACAAUUGGACGGAGAGGGAGUAUCCCAGUCAAUUACCCCCAGAGUUCCCAAGGGAUAUCGCAGGCUUCCUCCACACACUGUUUCCAGCGACACUAGCCCAGGCAGCUAUCGUCAACUUCUACUCACCCGGAGAUAAUAUGAUGAUGCACCGGGACGUGAGUGAACAGACAGAUAAAGGCCUAGUCAGCCUCAGCUUCGGCUGUGACGCACUUUUCAUGAUUGCUCCCAAUGAUUAUGGGAAACUAGGAGCAGGUGAAGAAAACGAAGAUGGGAACGCUCCAAAGAAACAGUAUCUCCUCCUGCGACUGCGGUCUGGCGAUGCUAUAUAUAUGACUCAAGAAUCUCGUUAUGCCUGGCAUGGUGUGCCCAAGGUCCUGAAAGGCACUUGUCCAGACUUCCUGGAAGAUUGGCCUGCUGAGGAUGGAAAAUUCGAGAGUUGGAGAGGAUGGAUGCGAAAUAAGCGAAUUAAUGUCAAUGUACGGCAGGUCAAGUAAAGAUUCAAAAUAAAAAUGAUUUAAAUGCUAAUGAUCCAUAUCAUUUGCAAACUCCAUCUUGAUCCUCAUGUGAAGACAAUUGAAUCAAUUAAGUAACUCCAUGUCAAUAUGCGAAACU